AUGCUCCGCAAAUCUACAUCUUGUAAUUUAUCUAUUAGUUUCAUACAAUGCAUAACUAAAGAUGGUGGCCGAUUAGUCAAACAAGCUGGAAGUUCAUUGUGGUCAUCUAGCAAAAAAGCACUGGCACCUAUAGUAGCUUCAACUUCAAACCAAAAUGAAGUUGAAAUUGAAAUCGAAAGCGGUGGAGAAAUAGAAUAUGCGGAUAGUGUUAGUGUUAAUGAAUAUAGAAAUUCUGGAAAUGAUGGUACUGCUAAAGAACCAGAAAAUAUUGAUGAAGUGGAAUUUAUCUCCAAUUUAAGUGAAGUUGUUGUACAGAACGUCGAUGAUAUAGGACAAAAUGAAAACAAUGAAGAUCAAAGUGGUGAAGACCCCAAAACCAAUAAAGAUUUGCCUCUUAAUUUUAAUGAUCCGGCAAAAUGGCCUAUAAUAGAUGGUAAAUUUAAAGCAUCGCUGAUGAAGUAUGGUCCAAUUCAAAAAUUGCCGUCUUUAUUUCCCGAAGAUGAACAAGGUAGAAAAUUUUCAAGCUUUUAUUUUUAUCGCCGAAUGUCUAAUGGCGAUAAAAUUAAACGCACUUGGUUGGUGUACUCCAUUGCGAAAGACACUGUAUUUUGGUUUUGCUGUAAGAUAUUUAGUCCGAAUAAAUUCUCCCUGUCAUCGCAUGACGGCUGCCGAGAUUGGAAAAAUAUUUCUGUUAUUAUUAAACGACAUGAAACAUCAAGUGGCCACACUACUGCAUAUCUAAAUUUGAGAGAUCUGGAGGUGAGACUUAAAUCAGGGGCUACGAUUGAUCACAUUAAUCAGAAAAUAAUUCAAUCUGAAACUCAACAUUGGCGACAAGUUCUUGCAAGAAUAAUAACGUUAAUUAGAACUCUUGCUGGACAAAAUCUAGCAUUAAGAGGAACAUGUGAAAAGCUUUUCGAACCGAAUAACGGAAAUUUUCUUAAAUUUAUUGAAUUCUUAGGAAAUUAUGAUCCUAUUAUGAGUAAACAUAUUCAACGAAUAAUAACAAGUGAAAUUCACACCACCUAUCUCGGAAAAACUAUUCAAAAUGAAAUCGUUGAAUUGCUUGCUAAUAAAAUCAAAAAUGACAUCUUAGCAAAACUAGAGCGAGCAAAGUACUACUCACUUAUUUUAGACUGUAUCCCCGAUAUAAGCCACAUAGAGCAGAUGACAGUUGUUUUUAGGUUUGUCAGUGCAACUGAAAUAUCUUCGGAAAAACCAGCUGAAGUCGUAGUUUCUGAACACUUCGUAACUUUUCUUGAAUUACAAGACACAACGGGAGCAAAUAUGACAAAAGUUGUUAUCGAUAAGUUGCAGGAAUUAGGCGUAAAUUAUGAUGACAUGAGGGGACAAGGGUACGAUAAUGGAGCCAACAUGCGCGGAAAAUAUAAUGGUGUGCAAGCCAGAAUUCGUCAACUAAAUCCUCGAGCUUUUUUCGUUCCUUGUAGUGCCCACUCGCUCAACUUGGUAUCGAACGAUGCAGCUAAUUGUUGUAUGGAGGCUGUCGCAUUCUUUGAUUUAAUUCAAGGCAUUUAUAACUUUUUCUCAGCAUCAACUCACCGUUGGAGUAUAUUAUUAAACCACCUAAGCGAUCUGACUAUAAAACCGUUAAGUGCCACUCGUUGGGAAAGCAGGGUCGGUGCCGUACGGACACUUCGAUUUCAGAUUAGUGGAGUUUACGAUGCACUAAUUGAAAUCGCAGAAGACAAUACAUUAACUACUGCACCACAAGUCAAGAGUCGCGCAGAGGCUAAGGGAAUAGCCAGAAAUAUUUCAAAUUUCAAAUUUGUUUGCUCCUUGGUAUUGUGGUAUGACAUUUUAUUCUAA